UGAAAAAGGAAAUCAAAGCAUCAAAAUCAAGAUACUUAGAAAGAAAAUGGCAACUGUUUUCGAUAACUGGUUUGGUGUUUUAUUAAGUUUUUUGGUUUUGAUCAAUGGAGCUAACUGUUGGCAAAAUGGUCAUGCAACUUACUAUGGAGAAUACGAAAACCCCACUUCACUUGGAGGAGCUUGUGGUUAUGACAACACAAUGCAUGCUGGAUUUGGUAUAAACACAGCAGCAUUAAGUGGUGCAUUGUUUAGAGGUGGUGAAGCUUGUGGUGCAUGUUAUCAGUUGCGAUGCAAUGCUAGAACUGACCCGCAAUGGUGUCUCAAACGAGCUACUGUGGUGGUUACUGCAACAAACUUUUGUCCUCCAAAUAACCAAGGAGGAUGGUGUGAUCAACCUCGCCAGCAUUUUGAUAUGUCUAGCUCUGCUUUCUUUCGUAUUGCUCGCCGUGGCAAUGAAGGAAUUAUUCCCGUUGUUUACAGAAGGGUGCCAUGUAAAAGGAAGGGCGGAGUACGGUUCACAUUAAAGGGUCAUUCAACUUUCAAUAUGAUUAUGAUAACGAACGUCGCAGGGAGUGGAUCUGUUAAGGCUGCAUGGAUUAAGGGUACAAGAACGAGAUCAUGGAUUCAGAUGCACCGGAACUGGGGUGCAAAUUGGCAAAGCAGCGUUAAUCUCACGAAGCAAAAAUUGUCUUUUAAACUCACUCUAUCUGAUGGGAAAACACUAGUUUUGUUCGAUGUUGUUCCUUCUUCGUGGAACUUUGGACAAACUUUCGCUUCCCGAAGACAGUAAACUCUCCCACAUAGAAAGAAGCAUUAUAAUAAGUAGCUAGCUAGAGAUGAACAUAAUUUGAUCACGACUUCAAAUUAUUGCAUAUUUAUGACAGUGUAAGAAGUAAUCUUUUAAAGGAAAGAUUCUAAAUAUUUAAGUUGGGACUAUUAUUCAAAUGUCCUUUAGUUUUUCUUUCUUUGUAAAAAUGCUUCCAAGGGGUAUAUGUGAGGUUCUGGUAAAACUUGAUUAGUAUUUUCUGAAGCAAGAAACUAGACUAGUAUGUUCUUUACGCAAAAAAACGUA